AUGGCCACCGAAGGGUCAGCCCCUGCGACACACGGGACCGAAGACUCUGCGAAGCCAAGCAAGUCGUCGUCGUCGUCGUCGUCGUUGUCUGUUCUUGACCCUUCAAACUUCCCUCAAACGCUUGACUCCGAGACUAUUUACAUCUCUUUAGUCUAUAAUCCUCUCGAUAUACCAACAUACCUCCGCUUCACUCGCUCUCCCACCGCAGGUGCAAAUGUCCUCUUCCUCGGCACUACUCGCAACAACUUCGAUCACCGUCCGGUCUCUCGGCUGUCAUAUUCUGCGUACCCCUCUCUCGCGUUGAAGUCUCUUUUUGCGAUCGCCGAGGACGUGCAGAAGAAACACGGGCUAGAAAAGGUUGCCAUUGUUCAUCGCCUCGGCGAAGUCAAGAUCGAAGAGGAGAGCAUUGCCGUUGUCGUCAGCAGUGGUCAUCGUGCCAGUGCUUGGAAAGCCGCGGAGGAGAUUUUGGAGAGGGUGAAAGCCCGGGCCGAAAUCUGGAAGAGAGAGUGGUUUGCGGAUACGGGGGAAGUCGAGGAGGGCGUUUGGCGAGCAAACAGAGACCGAGAUGGUCACGGCAACGUCAUACAGCCAAAUUGA